AUGGCAAGUGACAUCUUCGCCACGAAGCAGGGUCUCGGUGACGUGGCGACAAGGGACACAUUCCUCGAGCUGUGCGGCGACAAAUGCGAGGGCUCACGCAGUCCUUCAUGGUCCAGCGAACCCUGCAACGAGUCUUCUGCCAGCCACAGCGCGUUCUUCGACGCCGACCGCAUCGGCACUGCUUCGGUAUUGACGCACGUGGAAGAGGCCUGGGUACCGAACGGCCAGGAGACCAUGAAGAACAGCCUCGAAACGUGGCGCUUGUCAGCCGCCGCAGAGACAAUAUACGAUAUCCCUGAGCAGCUGGCCAUAUUGGUGCAGAACAAGGCUAAGAGCCUUGCCGAGUUCGUGAAGAUCGCGCUGGCCUUAGUGCAACAGGCCAUUCGCAGCAGGGGUGGGGGCGAAGAUGGCGUCGAUGCGGCUAUCGACAAUCUCCGUGAAAUCCCAGAGAUCAUCAGGAGGUCGUUUGACUCGAAGAUCGUGGAGGCGAACGGCGCGAUGCGGCUGGCGAUGCGGCUGAAGCUCAGCGCCAUGGUGCAGAUGCUCAAGAGAACUACCCCUCAUGGCCAAGAACUGGUGAGGCGGAUGUGGACCAUUCCCGAUCAGCUGGAGCAGAUCGUCAGGCAGGCGGUUGGCCAGGCCGUGGAAGAGUCCCAGCUGGAGGUUGCCAGGCAUUGCGAGCGCGUGUUGAUGAGCCUCCCGGGGGACGCGGGUGUGUGCCGCCAGGCCCUGAAACACGCCGAGUCACACAUCGCGGAGGCGGUGGCCGAAAUGCCCUCCGAGACGAUGCGGGCUCUGCGGCGCACGGCCACUGCGAGCGUGAGGCACGCCAUGGCCUGCGUGGAAGGCCCGUGA